AUGACAGUACAUACGACGGUGCAAUUGCUACGAAAAAUAUUCAGUACUUUUGAUUUACCCGCUGUUUUAGUCAGCGACAAUGCACCUACGUUUGUAGCUUUUGAAUUUAAAAAUUUCUUAAAAGCAAAUGGAAUUAUCCACAAAUUAUCUCCCCCAUACCAUCCAGCAACUAACGGUUUAGCAGAGCGUUGCGUACAAUCGUUCAAGAAUACACUCAAAACAUUAAGCGGUAAUGGAAAAGAUAUCGAAAUAAAUUUAUGCAAAUUCUUAAUAAACUACAGGAGAACCCCACAUACUACUACGGGGAACACUCCUUCUUUUCUUAUGUUCGGUAGAGACUUACGUACGAGACUGGACUUAAUUUUUCCCACGGAAAAGUCAGAAAAUAAAAACUUCGAGAGUUCUAAAUACAGAACAUUUAAAGAAGGGGAAAAAGUUGCUGUAAGAGACUACCUAAAUACGAAUAAAUGGCAGUAUGGUAGAGUACAAAGAAAACUAGGUAAUUUAAUAUACUUAGUGCAGUUAGACGAUUUACGAGUUUGGAAACGUCACGUUGAUCAAAUUAGGUCGAUCGGUAAUGAUACACCGCUAAAGAUUAACUUCACACCUACUACGCCCCCAGAGACAUAUGGGUCAUCAGUAGAUAAACAAAAACACCCAAUUGGAGACGAAACUGUUUCCGAAUCUGCUGAUCCUAAAAGCACCUCUGAUAAAUCGGAUGGAGGGCCGGCUGACCCAGCUGGAACUU